CGGUGGUGUGUAAAAAUAUCAUAGGAUAGAUACAAUUGAAUUUAUUGCAAAGCUGAGAAGUGGUUUACACUUUGUUGUGCAUGUGUGGACGACUCGCAGCUCUCAAGAAUUCGGCACGGUGAAGGAAACCGCACGGCGUCCGCUGGGAGGCCAGGAUGGCACAACAAACUCGUGCCGGCGAACGUCAGCCUUUACUACAAGACAAUCAACAACGACUACACCAGGAUGGAUACCAAAACCAGCAUCAAGAUCAAGAGGAGCAUCACGAAGAUGUCGACUCCAAAGAACUCAGCUUUGCCAAAGAUGACCCAGAGAACCCGCGCGCAUGGUCUUACCGGACGAAGAUGAUCAACGUAUUUCUCAUCGCGAACAUGGCCAUCCUCGCGCCUCUGGCAUCUUCCAUGUUCGCUCCGGGAAUUAAUGAGAUCGCUGAAGGUCUGCAUACCUCCGUGGAGAGUGUCAUUGCAUGCACUACAGCACAUGUUGUAUGUCAAGGUAUUGGACCAUUGAUUCUUGCACCACUUUGUGAGACGUUCGGGCGAAGGAAGUUAUAUCUUGUUUGCUUCGGUGUCUUUGCUCUCUUACAGAUUCCUUCCGCUCUGGCACCGAAUAUCGGGACGCUCAUUGCUAUGCGGACCUUGAGUGGCUUCUUUGGGAGUGUUGGUGUAUCGAAUGGUGGUGGGACAUUGAGCGAUAUGUUCGUGCCCAGCGAGCGUGCUGGGGUAUUUGGAUGGUAUCUAAUCGGGCCACUUUUGGGUCCUUGCAUUGGGCCGGCCCUGGGUGGUAUCAUCGUACAACGUCUGGGCUGGAGAUGGGUAUUCUGGGUCUUGGCUUUGAUUGCCACGGCUGUCACCCUCCUGGCAUAUUUCUUCCUGCACGAAAGCUACGCCCCCGUCCUGCUCUUCCGACGCAAACGUCGUCUCGAAGCCGAGUCCUCCGACCCGGACAUCGAAUACUCCAUCAAAGGCCACGACACCAGUCCGCUCAAAGACAAACUCCUCCACUCCCUGAGUAGACCCUUCCGCAUCCUCUUCACGCCCAUCGUUCUCGUCAUGAGUACCUACCAAGCCGUCUGCUUUGCCACCGCAUACAGCAUCUUCACCAACCUCCAACGGAUCUACGGCGGAGAAUACGGCUUCACCAAUGAACAAGUCGGCUUCACCUCCUUCGGUCCCGGCCUGGGGUUUCUCACCGCAGUGUGGUUCAUUGUGCCACGCAUCGAUACCGUCUUCAACAAGCUCACCGCGAGGAACAACGGCGUAAGCAAGCCAGAGUACCGACUCCCUUUGGCGAACAUCGGCGGCGUCUUGCUUCCCGUGGGAUUAUUUUGGUUCGCAUGGACGGUUGAAACACAUCGUCCUUGGUACGUGACUUUGCUGGCGACGUAUUUCUUCGGAGUGGGCCAGGUUUCGAUUUUGAACUGCACGACGAAUUAUUACAUCGACUGUUUUGAAAAGUACGCCGCAUCCGCCAUCGCUGCCGGCGCCCUCUUUCGUGGCAUCGUCGGUGGUGUCAUUCCACUGUUCGUACCCAGCCUGAUCGAUGCGGUAGGGUUUGGAUGGGGAAUCAGUCUUUUUGCUUUCAUGUCUCUCGCGAUGGCGCCGGCGCCAUUGAUUCUGCUAAGAUAUGGCGAAGGGAUUCGGAAGAGAUUUCCCGUCAAAUUGUGAGAUGGAAGAUAAAGGGAAUUUGGCCGUGAGCAUGCGGAGAUUUUAGCGAUAGAUUUGAUCAUAUGUGAAUGUGGACUGUGAACUCCUUUCACUAGAUCCACCAGGUAAAAUAAUGAAGUAUGAGUUCCUUGUU